AUGAUAUUUAAAUUACAGGUCGAUGUAAGUUGGCAACAGUAACUAAAAGAAGAUAAGUAAAACUCUUGACAGCAAAAAAAAAAUAACGAUUUCGUCAUCGUCCAUUCACUUCUUCCGUUCUGCUGUAAAGGAGGAGUUCUGUCGCGUGUUGUAUGCUGGGGUUUGGUAGUACGUAUUUCGCCAGACUCCGCUAUCAACCGGUUUUACAUCUUUCUCGGCUAAUAACAUGGACGCGGGAUUCUUCCGCGGCACAAGUGCAGAACAGGACAAUCGCUUCAGCAACAAGCAGAAGAAACUUCUAAAGCAACUGAAAUUUGCAGAAUGUCUGGAAAAGAAGGUGGAUAUGACCAAGGUGAACCUGGAAGUCAUCAAACCUUGGAUCACUCAGCGAGUGACGGAGAUCCUGGGGUUCGAGGAUGAUGUCGUCAUAGAAUUCGUAUUUAACCAGCUAGAAGAAAAGCACCCGGACAGUAAGAUGAUGCAGAUCAACCUGACGGGCUUCCUGAAUGGGAAGAAUGCCAGAGAGUUUAUGAGGGACCUGUGGCCUCUGCUGCUCAGUGCCCAGGACAACAUUGCCGGUAUCCCCUCUGCCUUCCUGGAACAGAAGAAAGAGGAGAUCAAACAGAGACAGAUUGAGCAGGAGAAGCUUGCCUCUCUGAAGAAGAUUGAUGAGAAGGAAAACAAAGAUAACAGAGAAAGGGAGAGCCCCAGAAGGAGGAAGUCAAGGUCACAGUCUCCACGGCGACGGUCUCCAGUGAAGAGGGAGAGAAAGCGGAGUCACUCCCGCUCCCCGAGGCGUAAGCCCAGUCCCAGCAGCUCCCCUCCACCAACAGCCCCAGCCGUCACCCUGGUCAGUGUUACAUUGCCCCAGGGCACUGAGGAGCCCCAGCCAGAGCCAGACACCUCUGAGAGCGCAGUACCUGAGCCAGUCAUUCAGGAGGCCUCUUCCACCAGUGAUUUGGUGAAGCCGCACACUGUGGUUGUGGUACCUGACUCUGUGAUGAAGGUCAAAGAACCCUCCCCAGGAAAGGCUUCUAAAAAGGAGAGGCCCAAGCCCAGGGAGAAGGAGGGCAGGAGGGACAGGCCCCGCCACCGCUCUCGCUCCCAUUCCCGCAGACGACCUAAAUCGCGGUCCAGAUCUUACUCCCCACGCCGGAGGCCGAGCCCCAGGAGACGGAUGUCCCCUCGUCGUAGGAGCCCCCCCAGGCGUGGCCCCCCAGGCCCCAGACACAGGCGCAGUCGCUCCCCUGUCCGCAGGCGGCGCUCUCGCUCCCCAUCAUCCUCUGGGAGCAACUCCUCCGCGCCUCGCUCACCUCAGAAGGCCAUGAAGAGAACGUCAACCACACCUCCUAGGAAACAGCCCCGCGGCCACGCAGCUGAUCCCUCCCUCAGCCCCUCCAGGAGAAGAGCCCCCAAUGGCAGCCCCCCUGGGAAGGCCCGGCGCUCUGCCUCCCCUCGGGCUAGAAAGGGCCGGUCCUCAGCCUCCCCGUCCAGAUCAGCUGGUUCAAAGAAGAAACUAGGAUCAAGGAAUGAUUCACUGUCUCCUGUUCCAAAACCCAGGCAUUCUGAGGCAUCGGAAUCAGAGGGGGCUACCGCAGAUCCUGUGCAGCAGCGACGUCAGUACCGCAGGCAGAAUCGGGAGACGUCUUCAGAUACGGGAUCAUCCUCCUCAUCAGAGGACGAGGGGUCCAAGAGGCCGGGCGGAGGGCCAGCGGCAAGGAACGGGAAUGUCAGGAGGCGGCGCAGUCGCUCCCCCUCCUCCCCCAGGAGACGACACAGGGACGGCUCCCCCAGAAAAAGACGCUCCCCUUCUCCUGGAGGACGCCGAUCUCCCCCACGCCGUCGCAGAUCUCCCUCUCCUCCUCCGAGACGCAGGUCUCCCUCUCCACCUCCUCGCAGACGCUCCCCCUCCCCCAGACGGUACUCUCCCCCCAUCCAGCGGCGCUACAGCCCUACUCCCCUGGGCCCACAGAAGAGAAGGCUAUCGGGGUCUCCCCCUCCCAAAUGCCUUUCCCCGAUGCCUAAGCGCCGUCCCUCCAGGUCCCCGAAGCGCAGGAGUCCCCCUCCCCAAAAGAGACGCACACCUCCCCUCCCCACCUCUCCCCCCCGACACAGGAGGAGCCCCAUGCUCCCAUCCAACCGGCCAGGCCGGGGCACGCGCUCCCCCCCUGCUGUUCACAGUAACCGCCUCUCCCCCUCCCCUGUCAACCGUGGCCGGGCCAUGCGUGGGUCUGCUAGUCCUCAGGGGCGCUUUGACUCCUCGGGCACCUCUCCACCUGGCCUGAGGCGCCAGGUGUCCCCCUCACACAGCAACAGGGCAAUCCGCAGGGUGUCCCGGACACCAGAGCCCCGCAAGAACCAGAGAGCCUCUCAAAGCCCUCAGCCUAUGAGGAGAGCGUCAUCAAGGUCACCGUCUGGUUCUCCUAAACCAGGAGCCUUGAAGCGGCCGGCCCCAGCCUCAGGCUUCCCCUCAUCUGGCUGCUCGGCCAGUGGCUCGCCAUCAGCCCCUCUGGCCAAGAAGGCCAGCAGCGGCUCUGGCAGCCCUUCUCCAAACAAGAAUUCAGACACUGAGGCUGGAGGAAAGAAGAACAAAAAACAUAAGAAGGAGAAGAAACAUAAGAAGGACAAGAAGCACAAGAAGCACAAGAAACACAAGAAAGAGAAGAGUGGAGUGCUGGUGGCUGCUGGGGAUGGCCAGGAGAACCUGGGGAUGGAAGAGGAUGUAGACUCCGACCUUAAAAAGGAAUCAGACAGUGAAGUAGAAGAGCGUCUGGACGACCUGGAGAAGCACCUGCGAGAGAAGGCACUGCGUUCCAUGAGGAAAGCUGGAAAGCUGUCCCCGCCACUGUCUUGAAGCCCGGCCACACCCCUCCCUCAAUCUUCCAUACACUUUAUUUUAUUUGUCUUUAACCUGAUUCAGCUUUAGAAUGUACAAAAUGUUUAUUCUUUAGUUUUGUUUUUACAGUUUUGCUCAUCUAUUGAUGGAUGUUUUUUAUCAAGUGCUUGAAUUGUCACACGCGAUCUUCCAAUUUAAUUUAAUUUUUUCCCCAUAUCUUUGACCCAAAAUGUGUUAUUGCUUAUAUCCAAACUGUAGAAGUAUCUUUGUUUGAUCCCUCAAUUUUCUCAAUUUUCAAGAUAGGAUCAUAGUGGGGAAUUCUUUAAUUAUGAAGCUUGCAUUAUACAAGCUUCUACGUUUCUCGUUCUACAACAUACAAAAUAUUCAACUGUGGUAAUUUAGGAUUGCAUGUGCAGCCAGCGAGUCUCUCCUCUGAUGUGCAUGAAAUGGACUGUAAACUAAAGCAAAUGCACAGAUUAAAUCUGUCCCUUUUGUCAGCAGGCAUUGUAUGGUGCGGGAAUGCUGUUUGCUCUCUAAAAUGGAUGACAGUCGGAUUUUCCCUUUUUUAUCUAAUAGAGGUGUUUGACAUUGCAGUAAAUUCUGGCUUUGAAAAAGUCACAUUUAAUAAGAACUAGACCGACCUUUCUUUUUCUGACCUCACCAGAGAGCAGGGGUUUGAUUUCCCACAUGGGUUGAUAUGCAGUCAUACUUUGAGUUCACGCUGGUCCACUCUUUUGCAUUAAGCCGUUCAUUGCUGUGGAAGUGCUAUUUGACUUGUAUUUAAACUCCUGCAUUUGUCAUCCUUUCAAAAUUAAAAUAUGUUUUAUAUGAA